UCUCACAUCACUCUUCACUUGGCUAGUUACUUCACUUCUCAUUUUCCCCUCUAUUACUCAAUUUCUUCAACACACUAUUUCUUGAAACCAGUUUUUGGUAUGGAAUUCAUGGAUGCCUUGGAAGAAUUCUCAGGCUCAAAUGAUCAUUCUAUUGUUAUCAAAGGCAAGCGCACCAAGCGUCGCCAAAGGCCUCUAUCUCCGGUUGGUAGAGCGGCUGUGGUCACUUCUUCUUCAUCAAGUGGUGGUGGUGGUGGUGGGGGAGAUGAUCAGGGUGGUGGGAAAGAUGGAGAAGUGUUGGGCUAUAUUUAUUCUCUAAUUCCAUCUUGUAACACUUCUACUAGUGACAUAUCAAUAUCCGCCACCAGUACUGGUCAAGAAGAUGAAGAUAUGGCCAACUGUUUGAUUCUUUUGGCACAAGGAGAAAGCUGUAGAAAGCAAGUUGAUCAGGAUCGUGAGAGUAAGAUGGAAAAGUUCACUAGUAGAAGGUUCAAUGAAAUGGAUACUACAACAACAGGUGGAAAAGUCGGCUUCUUUGUUUACGAGUGCAAAACUUGUAACAGAACUUUUCCAUCAUUUCAAGCUUUAGGUGGCCACAGGGCAAGUCACAAGAAGCCUAAGAUUAAUAUAGAAGACAACAAAGCCACAAUUGUUACACCUUCCAAUGAUCAUCAUCAUCAUCAUCAAGAAGAAGAAGAAGAAGAAAAGGAAUCUGCAGGAGAAGAACAGGCUGCAGGCCAACUGAUCGGUAGGCAAAGCCCACCUCUUUCUAUUCAAUCAACCAACAAACCUUGCUCUACUGCUGCAAGCAACAAGGCCUCAAAGAGUCAUGAGUGUUCGAUAUGCGGAGCAGAGUUUGCAUCAGGACAAGCUCUGGGAGGUCAUAUGAGAAGACACAGGAAUUCUAUGACAGCUAGUACUUCUAAAGUUGCCACGAUUCUUGAAACAAGCCCAAGUAUUGAUCAUCACACUGACUCAUCAUCCCAUGAUCAUCAUGUCCAAAAGCCCAGGAAUAUUUUUCCUUUGGAUCUUAACCUACCAGCUCCAUCUGAAGAUGAUGUCCACAGGGACUUGAAGUUUCAGUUUUCAGCCAAUCAACAACCACAUCUUGUGUUCUCAGCCCCUGCCUUGGUGGAUUGCCAUUACUGAGGGGGGAAAAAAUAAGAGAAAAGAAAAGUUGUUGAUAGCUACUUGAAUUAUAUCCAAUAUGAAUUAUGACAAUUAGCUGUUAUUAUUUGAAUCAAUAAUA